GAGCCACUUUCCAAGGUUUCGCCCACCCUCCAGUCUCGGGAACAAGCUUCCAACGCAGCACGUCAUUUCAAGUAACCUUGUUGGGUUCACACCAACCCUAAUUAACUCCCAUUUGUGGACAUUCCUCUCUUGUGAACGUGUGUGAAAACCGUACGGAAAGCCAAGGAUACUGUUCUGAAGGAAAGGCACCGCGUGGAGACUUCAAAGAUGGGAAUUUUGCGGGCUUCUCUGAUCGGGUUCGUGUUGGGAUUGAGUUUUGCCGCCGCUGGGAUUCACAUAGCCAAUGCCCAAACAUAUGGGAGCUGUCAUGGAGGUUUUCCUAUAAGAUUUCUUGGGCAUUGUUUUCGGGUUAACAAACGUCCUACCCAGCUGAAAGCCUGGCUCUCCGCAAGGGCGGACUGCGAAAGCAUUUUUGCUGCAAGCCACCUCCUGACAGACAUGACACAGGAAAUACACGACGAGCUGGCCACACGGUUCUCGGAUAUAGACUCGUUCUGGCUCGGCUUAAACGAUCGGGGAAUAGAAGGAGAGUUCUACUGGGGAAACCCGGAGAACACCCCGCUGGGUACGCCGACACAGUGGGAUCCCAGCUCGCCGAACGAUGCUGCGAAGGACUGCGUCGCCAUGACGCGCGCCUCAGGCUACAUGUGGGUCCCUACCGACUGCAGCACGAGGAUGGCAUUCAUUUGCUCACAGGACGUUGAUGAAUGUCAGGAUACGCCAUGCAACGCCCAUGCCACCUGUACCAACACCGACGGUUCCUUCACGUGCACCUGCAAAGAGGGCUACACCGGCGACGGAUUCACCUGCACAGAACGUUGUGGUCAGACCUGUGGAGACAACGCAGAAUGCCGGAACACAGGCGGGUCUACGUACGAAUGUACCUGUAACGAUGGCUUCGAAGGCGACGGGAUAAAUUGCACUGAUCAUGACGAAUGCAAUGACGCAGACGGUCACGUACAUUGCCACGAGGAGCAUGGUACCUGUGUCAACUACAUCGGUGGGUUCGACUGCAUCUGUAAGGCGGGGUACGCGCGUACUAACGGUGGAUUGGACCAAUGCGUGGACGUGGACGAAUGUCAGAGCGAUAAGUUUGUCAUUCCCUGCCCAGGCCACUCUCACUGCGAAAACACGAUGGGAAGUUUCAUCUGUGAAUGUGACGAAGGGCAUCGCUUUGAGAAUUUAGUGUGUGAAGAAAUUGAUGAGUGUGCAGAAGGCAGCCAUAACUGUCCCAGCGGUUCGACGUGCUCCAACACUGACGGCAGCUUCAACUGCACGUGUGGGACACAGGGGUAUGUGGUGGAUGGCGACAGCUGUGUAGACGAGGAUGAGUGUCAGCAGUCCCCCUCCCCUUGUCACGUGAACGCGGCAUGCACCAACACCGAUGGCUCCUACACCUGCGCGUGUCGCGACGGUUUCCAGGGCGACGGUAACACCUGCACCGACAUCAACGAGUGUGCAGGAAGCCCAUGCGACGCCUUAGCAACCUGCACAAACACGGUGGGAUCGUUUCAGUGUGUGUGUGGCGACGGUUACCAAGGAGACGGGAUGUCGUGUGAAGAUGAGGACGAGUGCCUGGCGACCCCUUCGCCCUGUCCCGCUAACACCACCUGUACAAAUAUCGAGGGGUCCUACAGCUGUCAGUGUAAGACUGGGUUUACCGGAACUCCUGGCAACUGCAUCGACACUGACGAGUGUGCGGCUUCGCCUUCACCGUGCCAGGCUCCAUCCACGUGUAUAAACGCCCCGGGUACAUACACAUGUGCGUGCACGGCUGGGUACGAGUACGUCGACUCUACCUGUAAGGAUGUGGAUGAGUGCGCCGCAGGUACCCACAACUGUCACCAGAAUGCGGACUGCGGGAACCAAGUGGGGACGUUUAGCUGCACCUGCCGCACAGGCUACGUGGGAGACGGUCGUACUUGCGCUGACGAGGACGAGUGUCAAAGAACACCAUCGCCCUGUAGCGCUGAUAGAACCUGCACCAACACCGAUGGUUCCUUCACCUGCACGUGCAGAAGCGGGUACCGAACUGAUGGCAACGCCUGCACCGACAUCGACGAAUGCAGCGGAAAUCCGACACCUUGUCAUCAACAAGCAACCUGCCAAAACACGCAAGGCUCAUAUACUUGCAGCUGCAACAGUCCGUACGAAGGAAACGGCACUCAUUGUACCAGUUCGUGCCCACCUGGUUUCACCGGAGAUGGCGUCACCUGUAGUGACGUGAACGAGUGUGCUCAAAACCCAACACCUUGCCAUCAGCAAGCAACCUGCACCAACACAUUAGGUUCCUAUACCUGCCGCUGUAACAGUCCUUACCGGGGCAACGGUGUUCAGUGCACCAACGACCCCAACACAAAUUGUGUCAUCGCCUCAAACGGAGUGACAAUCUGCACUUGCAAUAGCGGUUUCAUAGGAAAUGGUUACAUCUGCAGCGACGAUGACGAGUGUGCAAAAACACCAUACCCUUGCCACCAACAAGCAACAUGCACCAACACAUUAGGUUCCUAUACCUGCCGCUGUAAUAAUCCUUACCAGGGCGACGGUGUUCAAUGCACCAACGACCCCAACACAAAUUGCAUCACCAACGCAAACACCGGCGUCACAACAUGCACAUGCAAACCUGGUUUCACCGGAAAUGGUUUCAUCUGCCGCGACGUGAAUGAAUGCGCUCAAACCCCAACACCCUGCCAUCUACAAGCAACAUGCACCAACACACCAGGUUCCUAUACCUGCCGCUGUAAAAGUCCUUACCAGGGCAGCGGUGUUCGGUGUACCAACGACCCGAACUCCAACUGUGUGACCAACGCUAACGGAGAGACGACCUGCACGUGUAGAGCUGGGUACUCCGGAGAUGGCUACACCUGCAGCGAUGUCAAUGAGUGUGCUGGUAGUCAACAGCCCUGCGACACUAACGCCGACUGCACGAAUACAGUCGGGUCGUAUACAUGCACGUGUCGCGCACCCUACAGAGGAGACGGGAAAACAGAAUGCGUCGAUGCCUCCAACUCUAACUGCGUCGUGAACAGUGCCGGUGUUGAGGUCUGCAGCUGCAAGGCAGGGUUCGUCGGGGCGGGGUUCAGGUGCACGGACGUUAAUGAGUGUGCAGAAACACCAAGGCGUUGUCAUCUUCAAGCAAGCUGCGCAAACACACCUGGAUCCUUCCAAUGUACCUGUAACCAAGGAUACCAAGGAGACGGAAUCAUCUGCAACAGUGAUGCAAGUGUUGCUUGUACUGGUGACAACCUGAGCAAACAGAGAUAUCAGGUUGUACUGGAUAAUGUGACACUGACGCAGGGACUACAGGAUGCUACAUCAGCUGAGUACAGGGCGAAGAAAACUGAGAUAGAAUUGCUGCUGGAACCAUCCAUCAGGACAACACAGCAUGGAAGCAAAGUCCAGAGCGUCGUGGUCAAGGAGCUGAAGAUCGUUGAAAACGAGGUAGUGGCCGUGUACGACGUGUGUCUGGAGAACGUCAACGCCGUGCACGGACUGGACAUCCAGAACGAGCUGAGGGCGGCGAACAGUGUCGACAACACGCUAGGGGUCAACCUGCAGACCGUCUGUUUCCUGGAAUCAAACAGCGACAACUGUCCGACAAGCCAGUCACUCAAACAAACUGGGGAAUCAGGGUUGAACAAUGCCACGGCUCUUGCGCUUGGGAUCGCGUUAGGAGCCCUGUUUCUCCUCCUGCUGAUAGCCAUCGCUUGUUGGGCGAGAAAUCACAAGAAAUCCUACGGUGAAAAUAAGUCCGUUGGCUCAGUUCAUUCGGCGUACGCAUCUACCUACCACCAUCCUCAGUUCUUACACACAUCAGAGCACCUGUACCCCACUCCUUCUGGACCAACAGUCUGGCCAACCGUCGCGUCAGAAAGCAUCCCUUCAACCUUUCCAGCAGGGUCUACAUACUAUUAAAAAUUAUAUCAUAUUUCAGGUGAUCUUACAACAAAUUUGUACAGAAAGUACGUAUGUGGAAGGUAUUCAAGUCUAAAAUUAAUUAUUUGCUUUGUCUUUGAAUGUCUGGUCUAAAGCAUCAAAUUAAUAACGUUAUGGUCAUUGUAAAUAUAUCUUUUGUGUAUUUGCCAUGUUAUAAAGCAUAUACUGGAUCGUGAGCUAUCAUAUCUAGUACAAAGCAUGGUCAGGCAAUUAUCUACUCUACAAAACGAAAAUAUUAAGAAACAAAGAUGUUAUAAAGAUUUUGUUCGGCAAAGUUAGGUCUAGUUAUAUUUAGAAUUGAAUGUUGCAAUCUGUUACCAAAAAUUAUUGGGUAGUUUCCAUUUCUUCGUAGAAAUCAAACGUAAAAAUAUUUAUCUCUCGCGAAGAUGUAAAUUAUUUAUAA